CCGGCGCGCCGCUCCACCCUCCGCCCCUGCCCCGCGCGCCGCAGCCGGGGGUCCGGCGGUCGCGGGGAGCCGAGCGGACAGCGAGCGCCGCCGCCGCGGAGCCGGCACCUGGAGGCCAUGGAGGACAGAUCAGCAGAGUCCAGUGCCAAUGUGGAUGACUCGGCGCCCCCCUCGGUGGCCCAGCUGGCCGGGCGGUUCAGGGAGCAGGCUGCCACUGCAAAGGAGACACCAGCCUGUAAACCGACAAGAAGGAAACCACCCUGCUCCCUCCUCCUGUUCCCCCCCAAGGUAGAGCUGGGCCAGAACGGUGAGGAGAAAUCACCGCCCAAUGCAAGCCAUCCUCCUAAAAUCAAGGUGAAGAGCUCGCCUCUGAUUGAGAAGCUUCAGGCCAAUUUAGCUUUCGAUCCAGCGGCCCUGCUACCUGGGGCCUCGCCCAAGAGUCCUGGACUUAAGACCGCGGUGUCACCAUUCCAGAGCCCACCUUCCACCCCCAGCAGCCCUGGCGUGCGGUCUCAGGAGACAGAGGAGGUGCCAGUUAGCUUUGACCAGCCUCCUGAAGGGAGCCAUCUGCCCUGUUACAAUAAGGUGCGGACGAAGGGCUCGAUAAAAAGGCGCCCUCCCUCCAGACGAUUCCGAAGGUCUCAGUCGGACUGUGGGGACCUGGGAGAUUUCAGGGCCCCCGAGUCAUCCCAGGAGAAUGGUGCCAAGGAAGAGAAUGGGGAUGAGGUGUUCCCAUCCAAGAGCAAGGCCCUGGGUUCCCCUCCACCCAGCGAGGGGCCGGUGGGGGAGGAAGUGGGGAGGCAGCUGGGGUCUCAGGAGAAGCCUCCUCUGAGGAGGACGUCCAGCAGGACGGAGAAGCAGGAGGAGAAGGGCAGGGCCAUGGAUGAAGCCCAGCAUCCCCACAAGGCUGUGGGGGGCUCUGAAGAGGAGGCCAGCCCACAUCCAGCCACAGGAGAGGCCGUCCAACCAGCCCAAGCCUCCAACCCAGAGGCAGCAAACGGAGGUAGGAGCCCCAGAGAAGAAAAAGCAGCUGGAAAAGAGACAGAAAAGUCUGAGGAGGUGAAGGUGGAGAGGGCAGGGAAUGAAGAGGAGGAGCCCAGACAGAGGAGCCAAGACACCAAGGGGCCGGUGGACGGAGCAGUGCGGGAGGCCUCACCAAGCCCCCCUGAAGGGGUGGAGGGCCCCCGCAUCCUGGAGCAGGGGAAAGACGAGGAAAAGGAUGAGGAAGGGGCCAUUCUGGAGCCCGGCUGCAACCCCCACCAUGAGGCCCCCAAGCCCGAGGAUAACACCCCUGUCCAGGACACUAAAAUGUGAAGAAGAGUUCACUGUGCCUAGUGAUGAGGCUGCUGGAGACAUCUCUUUCGAAGGAGCAGCAACAAGAGAAAGAGAGAAUGAAGCCAUCGCUGGAGCAGAAUUUGGGCGGGGGGGGGGGGGGCUGGAGGCCGCCCGAAGAUGUAGAUUGCGUUGUUUCCCGUCUCCACACCGAAUGUUCCCUCGCAGACAAAGAUCAGUCCGAGGGCAGCAGGCUUUAAUCAGCUUGAGUUUGUGUCACUUGAUGGACUUGGUUUAAAAAAGAAGGAAAAAAAAAAACUUAUUUAAAACAAUUUACUGCGGCGACAGCUCCCAGGGAUACUGGUCAACCUGUGGGCCUGGAUCCUAUCCACACCCACCUGUCCCUGCGGCUGACCUCGGAACUGGAUUCUAAUUUAGCUUCUCAGAUUUUGUUUUGUGUAAAGCGAUAGCCUUUUUAAUGUUCUGAAGCUUUUAUGAUUCUCAGAUGGAAGUAAAAACUAAUUUCAGGUGGCAGGAAACAAAAGAAAAUCGCGUUGCUGAAAAUAUAAAUCCCGUAAGUUACAGAAGACCUUAAAUUGUAUCAAGACCCUUGAGACAACCUCUCAGCUUUGUCCAAAUUGGAACUGGCCAACCAAUUUUUAAAACCUUGGCCUGGAAAAGAUACUUAUUGCAACAUUAAAAAAUAGGUAUCUGUUCCAGCAAUAGGAACCUUUCCUGUCCAGGAGUUUUCCAGUGGAUGGUACACUCGGAGGUGACAGGUUCAGUCCAGUGGAGGCAGGGAGCAGCUCUCCUGGAGAAGCAGAUGCCAGGGGUCAUGGCUGUGCACACUGCCUU